GUGGGAUCUGCUGGCUGCAGCAGGGCAAGGAGGCCAAGUGCACCAUGAUCCUGAAGACAGGCGUGACAUGGGAGGAAUGCUGUGCCAACGGCAACGUGGACGUGGCCUGGUCUAAUUACACCUACCCUGGCAACAAGAUCAGCCUGCUGGAGAGCUGCGAGGGGGUGGUGUGCGGCCCCGACAAGGUCUGCAAGAUGAAGCACGGGCGUCCCCAGUGCGCCUGUGCCCCCGACUGCUCCAGCCUGCCCCGCAAGCUGCAGGUCUGCG